GAGGUGAAGGUCGGUAAGAUGAAUCAAAUAUUGAAAUGCAUGAAUAACUGACACUGUCUCCACUGGCGAUUAGUGAAAGGAAAAUGUGAUAAUGUGUGGAUCGCGUGAGAUCUUGAAUGGAAAUACGUCAUAAGAGUGCGCCAAGUUGAUUGUGAACCCUCGUUAACCUGCACCACACAGUUAUGGCUACCCGCUCACCUCCCUAGAACAGACAAACAAGUGGAUUACUCUGACAAACAGUGCUCCUAAUCUUCAGUAUUUGGAUAUUUGUGGCUGUGCAAGAAUGGGCUGAACAAGCCUGUUGCCAUGUGUGUGGGAUACCUUCUGAUUACCAUGGAUACUGUCUUCGGCUUUACCCACAUACCAGCUGGCUCAAGGCUUCCAGCAACAAGGUAAGCUGUGAGCCUUGUCGCCGUGACAAUGAUGAAUGGCACGGAGUGCGACACAAACCCCGCUUCCCAGUUGUUCGAUCAGUUCAUCAGCGCUGUCACAUGCAAGAGCAUUCUAGGAACCUUCCAUGACCUAUGUGACAGCCUCGGUCUCACCAACACUGACCAUCGGAACUUCUAUAAACAGCUAAAGUCAAAGCUGACAUCAUGGAAGGCCAAAUCACUAUGGACGAAAUUGGACAAGCGGGCAUCACAUCGCGACUAUCGCAAGAUGGAGGCAUGUCCAAAUACAAAGGUGCUGAUUAUUGGUGCUGGGCCGUGCGGGAUGAGGAUGGCCAUCGAAGUGGCAUUGUUGGGAGGGAAGGCCGUCGUGGUGGAGAAGAGAGACCGGUUCUCUCGGAACAAUGUCCUUCACCUUUGGAACUACCUCAUCUAUGACCUGAAGAACCUUGGUGCAAAAAAAUUCUUUGGCAAAUUUUGUGCUGGUUCCAUUGAACACAUCAGUAUCCGGCAGUUGCAGUGUAUUCUCCUGAAGGUGGCGCUGCUGCUGGGUGUCGAGGUCCAUGUCAAUGUAGCAUUCGAGGAACUCAUUGAACCCCCGGAAGAUCAGUCAAGUCCGAUCGGAUGGCGCUGCCGUGUGACGCCAAGCAACCACCCCGUGUCCGAAUACCAGUUUGAUGUCCUCAUUGGUGCUGAUGGCAAGAGAAACACAGUUCCAGGUUUUAAGAGGAAAGAGUUUCGUGGAAAACUGGCAAUAGCCAUCACAGCCAAUUUCAUCAACCGCAACUCGAAUGCCGAGGCGAGUGUGGAGGAGAUCAGUGGUGUGGCGUUCAUCUUCAACCAGAAGUUCUUCCUUGACCUCAAAGAGAAGACCAGCAUUGACCUGGAGAACAUUGUGUACUACAAGGACGAGACUCACUACUUCGUCAUGACAGCCAAGAAGGGCAGCCUCCUGGAAAAGGGUGUACUCAAAGAGGACUACAUUGACACUGUCCAGCUCUUGUCCCGGGAGAACGUAGAUCAGGAUGCAUUGUUGAAUUAUGCGAAAGAGGCAGCGGACUUCUCGACCAAUCACCAGCUUCCAUGCCUAGACUAUGCCGUCAAUCACUACGGCCAGGCCGACAUUGCCAUGUUUGACUUCACGUCCAUGUUUGCAGCAGAAAACGCCUGCCGGGCCCUGGAGAGGCACGGCCACAAACUUGUCAUCGGGAUUGUCGGGGACAGCUUGUUGGAGCCGUUCUGGCCAACUGGGUCGGGGUGUGCCAGGGGCUUCCUGGGAGUGUUUGAUGCUGCCUGGAUGAUCAAGAGCUGGGCGUCAGGCAAGAUGUCCCCUCUGGAGGUGAUCGCAGAGAGGGAGAGUAUCUACCAGCUGUUGUCACAGACAACGCCAGAGAACCUCCACAAGAACCAAAGCCAGUACUCCAUAGAUCCCAACACAAGGUACCCCAACAUGAACUUGAAGAACCGUCUGAAACUGGUGCAGGUGAAGCACCUGUACGAUGGCCCUCUUGACAAUAUGAUGAUAGAGGAGGCAGUGGAUGAUGGUGUUCCUGCUAAGCGGUCUCGAAUCUCUGGCACAGCCGUCAACAACGAUCAGAUCGACAGCUAUUCUCUGCUGCGCUGGUGUCAGCGGGUACUCAACACGGGCAGGUUCCGCAACGUUCAUGUGGUGGACUUUGCCGGAUCAUGGAGGAACGGCCUUGCAUUCUGUGCCUUAAUACACGCCUUCCGACCCACACUGCUUGACUUCAAUCUCUUGAUGGAGAGUGAUGUGGCCAAGAAUAACCAGCUGGCCUUUGAUGUCGCUGAGAAGGAACUAGGCGUGCCCCCGGUGAUGACAGGCGAUGACAUGGCCAAGUCCCAAAUCCCUGACAAGCUGACGCUGGUGUCCUACAUCUCACAGCUGUACGCCAUCUUCCGCAAGGAGCCACUGCCCACAGUGACGGUGCAGGUUCAGCGACGCCACCAUGCAGAGCCGUCACCAAAGAGCCUCCGUUCCCCGAGUCGCAAGAUCUCCCUGCUGCAUCGACUGUCGAACCGUUUUUCGAAGACCAAGAGGGUCAGUGCCACCCCGGGGAAACUGAAAAAAGAGGUGUGUGAUGCUGUUGACAGCAAGAUGUUUGGCAAAUCCAGCCAGAACAUGGACAUCAUGGAGCGAGAGAGAGGCGUCGAGCUGACCAAGUACAGCAAGUUACCCAUGGAAGAGAUCGCCAACAAGCUGUUUGUGGAUAAGAAGCCAGAUGAUCUGCCGAAGGGCAAGGACAACGUACAGAGUGGGGUCAGCGUGACUGCGAUGGCCGAAAUACUUGCAUCCAAGUUCCGAGGGGAAGAACCUGCAGUACAGAAGAAAAUGAAGACACCAGGUGUUCUGGUGGCGGCCCAGCCGGAGAGUGAGUUCUGUGUGUUCUGCCUGAAGCGGGUCUACAUUAUGGAGAGGAUGAGUGCAGAAGGGGUCUUCUUCCACCGUGGCUGUCUGCGCUGUGACUACUGCAACUCCAACCUCCGCCUCAACAACUACUCCUGUGAGAGGGAGAUGGAUGGAGAAGUGAAGUUCUACUGUUACCGCCAUGCUAAUGCUGACCAGAGAAUACGCUUGAAGAGAAAGCGAAUCAUAUACGAUGAUGAUGGCUCUAAGGAGAACAUCCCCACAGUGGUCACUAUGUCCAUGUCGAAGACUGGCAAGGACAGCGUCAUCCUCCCGCCACAGAAGAAAGAAGAGACACCAAAGAAAGGAUCAGCUCUCAGCCCGCUGAUGGUCCCUGAAGACCCAUAUGAGAAGGCAAAGAAGACCCCUGAACGUGUGGAGUUCGAGAACACCUUCGAGGGGUUGGAGGAAGAGUCGGAGGAGGAGCAGUUUGAGCACAACCUCCGUGCGUCGUUCUCCUCCGACAUGCUCCUCGACGGUGAGGAGGAGUAUGAUGAGAGUGACACAGACUCUGACAGUGAUUACAUAGAUGACCAACAAAUGGCUCACAUUUUGUCUCAAUGGUCUGGAGCGGAGGAUGAGGUGUUGGUGGAUCAGAAUGACAGUGACAUCAGUAAGUCCAUGACGUGGGAAGAGGCGUGCCAGCUGGCGGAGAGUUGGAACAAGCGCCACUCAAGGGAAAACCUGGAGUCUGCUGGUGUUGACGAGGUACAGGAAGGUGGGGCAGCGUACUCAAGACUUGUAGACGAGGGGGAAGAAGAAGAGGAAGAGGAUGAGGACAGCACCGAGGUGGAAGUGUCUGAGUACGACACGGAGGAGGAGACAACAGAUGUGGAAACAGAAGAGGAGAAUACAGAGAGUAAAGAUGAGUCUGCCACCAGGAGUGACAACACUCGCAGCGAUGGAACAUUCCACAACACAGGAGGGUCAGUCUCCCCUCUCAAGUCCCCAUCAGUGUCUGCAGUCGUGUCAGCAAGAGCAAACUUCUUCGCCAACCCCCCGGAACCAGUGAGGAUUGAUGCUGUGCGGGCCCUGGGGCUUAGUGAGCAGCAGAAGGGUCAGGUGUCACAGGAAGAGGAGCCCUCCGACAGAACGCAGACGGACAAGACGGACAAUCAGGUGUCGGAGAUAUCUGAAUUUGAACAAAAUCCUGAACAAGGUGGAGAGGAUGCUGGCACGGAUGAAGAUGUGCUGGAUGUGGAUAUUGAGGACGAAGAGGAGGAGGCCAAGUUGGGCAGUGCAAUGUCGAAUGAUGAAGGUGAGGAGGCCGACGGGGAAGAGGAGAUGGAGACGGACUCCGAGGGAGAGGGGGAACGGGGCCUGAAGGAGGCCGACCUUGACAAGACUGCCGUGAGCAGGGCCAUGGAGCAGCUUCUCAAGGACAUGGAUCAGCGAGGCUCAGUUGAUUCUGAACAAGGGGAGGGAAGGGUGGUGUUGACAGAUUCGGGGGAGGAGGAGGAUGUGUUUGGGGAGGGAGAUGGUGAGAUCGGUGAGGAUACUGAGAUGGCUGUGUUGAGGAGUGUCCGGGAUAUGGAGGACACUGCGGGUGAGAAGGAGGACGAGGGUACUCUCCAGCAGGUCCUCCAGGAAGUGCUGGACAUGAAGGAUGAUGAGAAGGAAGCAGACGAUCAUCUGCGCAACAUUGAUGAUUCAUUUGUGACACGACGGAGGAAGAAGAAGCCAUCAGGGAAAUCUUACAAUCCACCUGGACACGUGUCCGACUCCGACACUAGUUUUACAAUUUCUACUCCUUCUCAGAACUCUUCCACGAGCUCUUUAAAUGAUGAGUUUGAGAAUAACAAACACUACUUAGAUGAUGAUGAUGAUGACUUGAAGCCAGAUGCUGACAUGUUGAGAGACUAUACAAUCACACUAAGCACAGCACUGGAUGAGAGUUACUCAGAAUCUGAGAUGCCGUCAGGGAAACAGCCUGAGGAGGAUGGGGAGCUGAACAGGACAGUGCAGGGAGAUGAAGCCCUCAACGACACAACCAGGUCUGGAAACGACAGUGUAUACCUCACCCCAACUGAGAGUGCCACUAAAGAGGAACAGGCUCCCUCAUCUGGGUCUGACGUCUUCAUGACUCCGGAAGUUACUGAGGAUAAGCCGGACUUAUUGGAGACCCCUAAGGCUCCUGCUCAGGCUAACAAACCCUCUCCAAAGAAACUCAUUAAUAUUUCAACACCAACUCCCAAAAAAGCUGUCUCUCCAACACUUGUAAAGAAAAGUGUUUCCAAAACUAGCAAUAAGACUUCUCCCCCAACUAAGAGUAAACGAAUCAUUUUGUCUCCUGUGAAGAUUACAACAGAACCAGAACCAGAACCGAAGGGAAGGCCACUGCCAAAGCCAACUCCACGGAAAUCGGAUUCAAAAGUCAGCCCUGUAUCUUCAAGACUAGCUUCAAAGGUAAAAACUGAUGUCAAGCAGAUUUCCAAACCAAUCACAUCAAAGACUGAUACGAAACUGAGCCCAAGGACUUCUACCGGAAAGACAGAAUCCAAAGUCAGUCCCAAACCAGCUCCUCGUAAACUACCCAUUCCUCCAAGUGUCAAAGGUCAAAUUUCAUCACCCCGAUCUCCAGCAACUAAAACUCGUGCUCCCACAUCAACCACAUCAGACUCUUCUUCCCCAUCUUUUAGUCGACCAACAGCCUCCUCCAGGGCCAAGAAGUGGAGUGACACAGACAGUCGGGAGGGAAGCACAUCACCUGGGUCCACAAAAGCCAAGACUCCACGGCAGAACAAAACUAAGAUAUCCGUGGACAGGAAUGUACUUCUGUCAGACUCGUCCUCUGAGAUCCUCACAUCAGAUGGAACUGAGGGCACAAAGAAGAAGAUUCCUCUUGAUAAGAGCCUAGUUAAAAGUGAAAACCUGGCCCAGAAAAGCUUUGAUGAAGGCAUUGAAGAUAUUCCCUUUGCUGACGAGAGUGAGUUAGAUGAGAGGUUCUACACUCCAGCCACAUCUGUGAAGGCCAGAGUGCUGCCAGUUCCAAGAGAAGACACAAACGCUCGUAAACGCCUCCUCCCAUCCCCACCAAAGAACAGUGCUGGUGUUCCUCCUGCCAAUCAGAUACUGGAGAUUCAGAAAGCGCAGAAGGAGAGGAAUAAAAUCAAGAUUAAAGAAGCUCCCCAGAAGAAGGAUAGUGAAGUUGGUGGGGGGGUGCAGUGUGUUAAUAGGACAUUUCAGAACCCUGUUGUUCCUCGUCAAAUUAAGAAGUCAGAGAAUUCUGAACGUGACAGACGCAGCACAUCGUACUCAUCCAUGGACCCCAGUACGAGUGACAUGGUCACCGACAGUGAUGACAGCCGUCUAUACGGCCUACAUACACCAACGUCAAGUGCUCCAGAAUCGGAGAACUCAUUGCUUGGCAGUAAAGGAAAGAAGAAGAAGAAAGGUGGUGAUAAAUCAUUCAUUGAGAAAGAAAAGAAACGCAAAUCUCUGUUAUCCAAAUUGUUGCCAAGUAAAUCUCCCGGAGAAAACACUGACAGACACACAGAUCCUCUCGGACUCCAGUAGCAGCGCAACAAAGAAGAAGAAGACACCCAAGUCCGAUAAGAAGAAGCGGACCAAGACGAAGGAUGUUGUAGAUUCGAGUCUUAGUGACAACUUGAAGG